GCAUCAUGAUGCUUCCUCUUUCUAGCGUUAAGAUCCUGCGGUGCUUAAACUUUCUUGGGCCUUCCCGUCAUCCGAGAAAUGCACCCCAUUCUCCGACGCUUGGGCGUGUGGAGCGUUCGCAUCGCGGCCGUGUUGGUUGCCUUGAUAGUCUACAACCACUUCUCCGAUGGCGUCCUAACAGACACGCUCUUUCAGCCCCCGACGGUCCCAGGGGCGUGGGACGAGCACCCCAUCGUGCUGCUGCAUCAAAAGACACGGAGAGAGUUUCGCGACUCGUGUGGGUUUGUACCGGACCUCGAGCCGUACAUCAACUUCCUCGACGAGCCGUCGGUGAUAUUGGGCACAACAUGCACGGGACAGCAGCACAACGGUAGCACAGAGUCCCAGUCGCAGCGUAUGUGGCCGGAUCUUUACCACCACUCGAUAGCCGUGGCCGUGGCCGAGGCCUGCCGGGCACGAGGGGAGCACGACGACUUCUUCAUGUACCCGCCGACCCUGCACAGGCCCUCGGCCGAGAAGGCCGUCUACUGGGCCGGCUUGUCGACGGGCGGGCGCUGGUCCGCGGACACGUGGCACGGGGGCCACCGGCAGCGGCUCGUCGCCCUUGCCGCCGUCGACCGUUCGCGCCUCGACGUCGCCUCUACUCGCUUCGUGGGCUGCGCACCGGCCGCGGUCUGCGAUGCCAUGUCCCCGUUUCUUCUCCCCCCGGGCUCCGGUAGGGCCGCCGACCCGGAGUCCCGCGCGCUACGCUAUCAGUUCGCCCUCGACGUGGACAGCAACGGCUUUAGCGGGCGCUUUUACCGGCUUCUGGUAUCCCGUAGUGUUCCGCUCAAGAUGACGACAUUCCGCGAGUGGCGCGACGAGUGCCUCGUGCCCUGUGUGCACUACGUGCCUGUCAGCGUCGGCUUAGGGGAACUUCCUGGCCUGGUGCACUUCUUGACCUCAACGGCGGCUGGCCAGAGAAUUUCGAAGAGCAUAGCGGAUGCCGGGAGGGGGUGGUACCGGUGGGCGGUGGCGCCUAAACAUCAGGGCAUACACAGGCUCAUGCUGGAGAUGGCCAGGAUGCAGGGUAGGUCGCGGGAGGCCGGGUAA